AACUGAAAUCGUACUUCUAGUUCCUACCAAACAACUGUAAAAAAAAAAAAAAAAGAGUUCCUACCAAACUGAAAAUGCUCCGCUCUAUCGCAGGGCUGUUGUACAGAGCAACCCCCACCGUCGCCACCUGCCCCCCCUGCCGCCGCUUCAACUCACUAACCAUGACCCCAGCCGCCGGAGUACCCAACAAGGAUGCCUACUUCGCCGCAAUCCACCAGAUAACCAACAUAGUCCGCCGCGACAUUUACCCGGAGCGUACCCUCAACAAGCUCAAUCUCCCUGUCACCUCCGAGCUCGUCUUCCGCGUCCUCCGUGCCCUCUCCAAUUCCCCGACGGAAUCGAUCCGCUUCUUCACCUGGGCCAGAGGGCACUACACCCCGACCUCCAUCGAGGUCGAGGAGCUCAUCAAAACCCUCGCUCGUGGCAAGAGGUAUGCUUCUAUGUGGCGACUCAUAACACAAAUGAGAGACCAGAGCCGACGGAUGGUUAAUACCCCCGAACACGAGAGAGCUUUUUGCGUUUCUGCUGAGACUGUCUGCUUUAUUAUCGAGGAGUACGGCAAAGGUGGGCUCGCAGACCAGGCAGUUGAAGUGUUCAAUAAGUGCGAUAGCUUGAAUUGUGAUCAAGGGGUUGAGGUUUACAACUCCUUACUUGUCGCCUUAUGUGAAGUCAAGAUGUUUCAUGCAGCUUAUGCUUUGAUUAGGAGGAUGGUUAGAAAGGGUUUGGUUCCUAACAAGCGGACCUACGCUGUUCUUGUCAAUGGGUGGUGCUCUAGUGGGAAAUUUAAAGAGGCUCAGGAGUUUUUGGAUGAGAUGAGUCAGAAGGGAUUUAACCCUCCUGUUAGAGGGAAGGAUUUGUUGAUUGAAGGUUUGUUGAAUGCAGGGUAUUUGGAGACUGCAAAGGAUAUGGUUAAGAAGAUGAAUGAAGAGAGUUUUGUUCCUGAUGUUAAUACUUUUAAUUCUUUGGUUGAAGCAAUUUGUCAAUCAGGGGAGGUUGAUUUUUGCAUUGAAAUGUAUCAUGGUGUAUGCAAGUUAGGAUUUUGUCCUGAUAUAAAUAGCUAUAAGAUUUUGAUUCCUGCAGUUUCGAAGGUUGGUAAGAUGAAUGAAGCUUUUAAGCUAUUGCAUAGGUCUAUCGAAGAAGGGCACAAGCCAUUUCCCAGUUUGUAUGCACCAAUAAUUAAGGGACUUUGCAGGAUAGGGAAAUUUGAUGAUGCAUUUUGUUUCUUUGGUGAGAUGAAGGUUAAAGGCCACCCUCCGAAUAGACCGGUCUAUACAAUGUUGAUAACCAUGUGCGGGCGUGGUGGUAGGUAUUUGGAGGCAGCCAAUUAUUUACUAGAGAUGACUGAGAUCGGUUUGACUCCUAUUUCCAGAUGUUUCGAUUUGGUUGCUGAUGGAUUAAAGAACUUUGGAAAGCAUGAUCUGGCUAAGAGGAUAGAACAGUUGGAAGUUUCUCUUUCGACGGUCUGAUUGCUGCAUGUGGCAAGCAGGCUCACAAAUGUAAGUUGAUGAUUGUGAAGAAUUGGGUCUCAAUCAAUAGAAUCAUCGGUAAACAACCUUUUAUUUAUUUCAUCAUAAAGUUCACCAUAGACAUGCGAAGAAAUGGUUACUGUGAACAUAGCUUCUGCAACUAGUGGUUGCCCUAAAAUCUCUGUUGGAGAAAGUUGAUAGUAUCAAUAUCCGCUGGAAUGCCUUGGCAAGGAUUUCAGGAUUAUUUGGAGGAUGAGACCCAAAGAUAGCAUUUGCUAUGGUAAUUAGUAUUGACAGUAUUAAGCUGGUAGCGUAUGAGACCAAUCGGGAAGACUAAGACAUCUCCUGGUUAUAGUGUCUUGGUAAUACGACGAUUUUCAGGACUUGAAGUGAUAAAGCCGACAUGGAGGAUGCCUCUCAGGAGUGUCAGGACUUCUGUAGCAUGAGGAUGUAUGUGUGGUGGGUUUAAGCCCCCAUUUGGUGCAUAGUCUGUUCUUGCCAGUGACAAACCAUUAAGUCCUGGAAUCUGGUUAGUGGAUAAAAGGGUCAUGGUUGAUCCUACUUUGUUGUCAGUCUUUCUGGCAACAUCCAGUCCUGAGAAAUAGAAAUCUUCUGCUGUGGCACAUGCUCAAUUUUCCAGAGUUCCCCAUCGGCAGAAUCUGCUGGAAAUAAUAAAUAGAGUUGUUAUUAUUCAUCAGGUGUGGCUGCCAUAGACAAGAAGAUUCGUGCAGGUUUCUUAGAAAUUGGUAAGUAUUAGAGAGAUCCGGAUUUACAUGCUCCAUUGCCAUUGGAUGUUUAUUGCAUCGCAGAACUCCCCCUGAGGAUUGAAGUCAUCAGCCGAGGCAAACAAGGAAGGCAAUGCAAAGAAGGUGAAAGUUGUGUGGAAAUGGCCACCUCUCAUGGAUAAGUUCUUCUGCUGAUUUAUUAUUUGAAAUUUAAAGUGAUAAUAGUUUGAGAGAAUUACAAAAAGCUGCUUUUAAAUAUGGCAUUACAAAAGCUACAAUGCAAAGGUUCUGGUCACCUCUCUCUUUUUCAUGUUCCAACUAUGACUCUUUAUUCCUUGUUUCUAUUUCACUUGCAAGAGUGGCAGUUCCUACCAAACUCCAGCAGUUGUAGGAUACAAAUCGCUUUUUCAGUUCUUAGAAAACCAUGUUCCUCCCUUUAUUUAUUAACUGAUUGUUGUUUCAGUUUACAAGAAAGAUAAGAUGAAGCA